GUUUGAGUCCCAGAAUGUUUUGAAUCAAGGCGGAUAAAUUCUCAAGGAAAGUGUGAGAGUUGCCUGUAUUUUUCAGACUUUUAAUUCCAGUCCUCAGCUUUGAAUAAUAACAACAACCAGUUUUCAAGCUAUGGGAGCUCAAAACAUGUGUUUAGGACUUGAGAAUGACUACACCAUAAAAGGAGUGAUGAUAAGGUUCCUGACAAGCAUAGGAGGUAUCACUCUUGCACUAUCCCAUGAGUGUAGGUUUUUUACACACAGUUGCAGCCUCUUGUUUUCAUUUUAUACCAAAGGAUGCAAUAUUCCAGCAGUUCUGUUUCAUGUAAUUACACCUUGGUUUCUUGCUGCGAGAUCUGAAUAAAUUUCUGCCAGGUUUUGGUCAAAAGGAAAUUUGUUUCAUUAAUUGCAGGGGAGACAAUGACUUUAAAUCAGAAUAUACCAGAGGAUCAUAAAACCUUUCCCCUAGCCUCUGGAUAGCUGAACAUGCAGGAUGGGUUUUACCUGCAAUGGGGGCGGAUGACACAAGUGGCCUCACCUUCCCUUUUGAGCAUCAGGUUCCAGAAGAGCCACAGGGACAAAACAUUUAUUUUUCUUUCCUGGUGCAAAUAAACACAAUAUGUAUUUAUGAGUAUCUGAAUAUCUGAAACUGAAAGCUGUCUGUGUACAAGAGACCCCUGCCCACUUCCCCUCCACAGCACGUUACUCCUGUGCCCUCUGCUAACGUCCUUGUUUCCUCACUAAUGAGUAAGUGUGCUCUGUCUUUGGCUGCCAUCCCACGUCCCUAGAAUUGACUCAGUUUCGGCUUUCUGUGGGCGAUUUAUGGAACACGCAAGGUAACAAGAGGAUGAGUUCCUCUCGGCGCUCCAGUGCUGGAGCUGAGUGGCUCUGGCUGCAGGGCUUUAGGACCCAGGGGUUGCUGAGUGGAGGAGGCUGAAUCCCCUCCCGCUGUCAUCCUCCUGCCUCUGCAGCUUUAUUCCUACAGCCUUCAAUGGUGACGGACUCCCUCCCACCCGGGCUGGCAGCCAGAGCCACAAGGCCUCGCUAGGACCGGAUCCCUGCGGCUCUAUGGCAUCUCCCAGGACCAUCACCAUCGUCGCCCUCUCGGUGGCCUUGGGACUCUUCUUCGUCUUUAUGGGGACCAUCAAACUGACCCCCCGGCUCAGCAGGGAUGCCUACAAUGAGAUGAAACGAGCAUACAAAAGCUACGUGCGGGCCCUGCCCAUGCUCAAGAAGAUGGGAGUCAGCUCCAUCCUCCUCCGCAAGAGCAUUGGCGCCCUGGAAGUGGCGUGCGGCAUUGUCAUGACACUGGUGCCUGGUCGCCCCAAGGACGUGGCCAACUUCCUGCUCCUCCUCCUCGUGCUGGCUGUGCUCUUUUUCCACCAGCUUGUGGGGGACCCCCUCAAGCGCUAUGCCCACGCCUUGGUCUUUGGGAUCCUGCUCACCUGCCGCCUGCUGAUCGCUCGCCAGCCCGAGGAGCUGCCGCCAGAGAAGAGGAUGCUGUCGGUGAACGGGGAUGAGCAGCCACUCAUCCAUGAAGCAGCUCCUGAGAAAGGCAAAAUGAAGGUAUCCUAGUUGAGUGCAUGUGAGGAAACACGGACCCUCGAGGCAGCUCUCUCCAAAAUCACCCAGAAAAUUUGGUUUUUAUUUACCUACUUGCAUUUUUUUUUUGUCUGUCUAAAUAAAGUUGCACUUGGGGUCUGAGAGAUACAA